CAUCUCGGCUUUUUUUUUCCUCCCCCACACUCCUUCAGCAGCGACUCUUCGGAUAGUUUGUUCUGAUUUUGCAAAAAGAUGUUCACCGCCCUGAAUACGGAGUGCGACUCUUCCUCCCGCUGCAGCACCGCGUCUCCCUCCGUGGACAACCUGGGAUACUACACGUCCCCUGCCGAGUCCUACUCCAGCGUGGGAUCUCCUCACUCUCAGGAUUUCACUGAUCUCACAGUAUCAAGUGCCUCCUUCGUACCCACCGUCACAGCCAUCUCCACCAGCCCAGAUCUGCAGUGGAUGGUCCAGCCUUUGAUCUCCUCGGUGGCCCCUUCACACAGAUCUCACCCCUACAGCUCCAACCCCACCUUCUCCAGAGCAUCCAUGAGAUCUACCGCAUCCAAAGCUCACAUCCAGGCCAAAAGGGGCAGAAUGGAACAGAUGACACCUGAAGAGGAGGAAAAGAGGAGAAUUCGCAGAGAGAGAAACAAGCAGGCAGCGGCAAAGUGCCGUAACAGGAGACGAGAGCUGACAGACACCUUGCAAGCUGAAACCGAUAAGCUGGAGGAAGAGAAGUCGAGCUUGCAGAAUGAUAUCACCAAUCUCCUGAAGGAGAAGGAGCGGCUGGAAUUCAUUCUGGCCGCUCAUCAUCCCAUCUGCAAAAUCCCCUCAGAGCUGGACACAGACUUCCCCUCAGUUUCUGUCCAGUCCUGCUUCCCAACCGAGGUGUCCGUCAACCCGCCAGUAUCCACCAUUGCUUCUUCAACCUCCAACUCCAUCUUCUCGGGCAGCAGCUCCGUCCUCUCCACCAUGUCCACCUCCAGCGAGGUGAAGAUGACUGACCUCGACUCAUCUGUCCUGGAGGAGUCUCUUGACCUGUUGACCAAAACAGAGAUGGAGACGGCGAGAUCAGUGCCAGAGGUUGACCUGUCCAGCUCCGUGUACACCACGCAGGACUGGGAGCCCCUGCACGCCUCUGCAAGCAACAACGACUUUGAGUCCCUGUGCACCCCAGUGGUCACUUGCACCCCAUCGUGCACCACCUACACGUCUUCAUUCGUCUUCACCUUCCCGGAGACAGAGGCAUUCCCCACUUGCGGCGUGGCCCACAGGCGAGAGAGCAGCAGCAAUGAGCAGUCAUCUGAUUCACUCAACUCGCCGACCCUACUAGCCCUUUAAAGACUCGUCCAAAUCAACAACUUCCUAUCAAGCACAAGCGUGCACGGCACAGGGCUGACUUUUAAUUUGCCUUCAUCUAUACUUGCCGGUCACACCGAUGUAGCAAGUUAACGCAUGUUUCAGCUAAUAACCACCUAG